UUAUACGAAGAAGCGUGUAUGUUUACGAUUAGUAUAUUGCACCGACUAAAUAACUAAUGAUGUACGGCAACUACUACAAAUUUUGAGUCAGUAGUAUAGUUUUGCACGUUAUAUCAUUGUCAUAUUUACAGGAUACAGCAAAGGAAAACUUUGGUUUACAACCCUCAAAUAAUUGUUUAUUAAAAGUUUGAAUACUAUUUUCACACAACUCUAUAUCAGCCAAAAUGGUUCUAUCGCCGCCAAAUGAACAACACGAACAAGCUAUCAAGAAUCUGUAUUUCUACAAAGACCCUAAAGAAACUGAAGAAGAUAUUGACGCUUUGAUUGAAUGGUUGUCUAAACAACCACAUUUGCCUAAUAUAACAGACCGAGUUUGGCUGAGACAUUUCCUCAUUGGCCGUAAAAAUAAUUUACAAAGGACAAAGAAAGUUAUUGAAUCCUACUUUAUGAUUCGCGUAGAAAUGCCGGAACUUUUCAACGACAUGUCUAGUGAUGCUGAAUGGAUUCAAAAGGCAGUUAAAGUUGGAAAAAUGUCGGUAUUACCGAAAAUGACACCGGAAGCAAAUCGUGUACACAUUAUUCGGUCAAUUGAAAACAACGACGGGGACUUUGAUGCGAUGGCCAUGUGUAAAGGAUCAUUAAAAACCAUUGAUUAUUUAAUGCGUCGUGAACCCGUUUACGGAUUGGUGUUCUUGCUCGAUCUCAAACAUUGUCAACUAUCUUAUUUAUUAAGCUUUACACCUACAUUAACAAAAAAUCUAAUGCGAUGCAUAGACGAAGCUACGCCAUUGCGAGUAAGAGGUGUCCACUACGUGAAUCCACCAAAGUAUGUGUCGCGUUUGGUGAAUUUCUUCAAACUGUUCAUGCCGUCUAAAAUUCAAAACCGAAUUGUCAUUCAUGAAACCUACGAUACACUUUACGAAUACAUUCCCAGGGACGUAUUACCGGACGAGUACGGCGGUACCGCGGGCAGUAUCGAGAAAUUUGAAGACGACAUCAUGAGAGCGACGAAAGAAGACGACGAGUGGUACAAUAAUAUGCCAAAAGCCGAUUUAUCGAAACGACCAGUACAAUCGAAAAAUAUUGAUAUGGACAUGAGUGGUACGUUUAAGAAAUUAGACAUCGAUUGAACAACAUUAUACACUGAAGAAAAUAUAAUGUCGUUCACGGUAGACUAUAAAUUAUACUAGAGAUUUUAUGUAUUUGGUGAAUAAUAUACAUGAAUUCAAACAAUACGAACACAAAAUGCUAUAAGUGUUAAGUAUACCUACCUAGAACAUUUAACAAUAUACACGGAUAAACGCGGUAUAUAUUUUUAAUGACAACAAUACUUAUUUAAUAUAUUUAUUUUUUUAGAUAUAGAAAACAAUAUUAUACUUUCAAUUUUGUUAUGAAAUUAUAUUUAAAUGUACCUUUUGGCCUGAAAAAAGUUACUGCAGACAGUAGACAGUAGAUUAAUCGAUAGACAUUAUUUAAUUUAGUAUUAUAUAAUUUAAUAUAUUUGGUUUUAGGUAUUUAGGCAAAUAAAUUAGAAAGAAUUGUAUUUUAAUGUUUUUCAACUAUGUAUAGAUUAGGUAUAAUGUAGUAAUAUAUUGUUUUGUAGUAACUUGUAAAAUAUUAAUAAAAACAAAAUGUGAUUUAAUAAAGCAAAAAUCAAUAAAAACG